GACAGCUGCCCGUUUGGAGCUUUCAGCGCGGCUCAAAUAAAUACUUUGACUACCUAACUUACGAGCGUUAAGAUCUCGCCCCAGCUAAGCACACACAUAUUAGAGCAGCAACUGUUCCAGCAGCCCGCCGCGUUGGCACUCCAGACGAGGCCCGGCCCAGCUCGGGCUCCUUCCUCAUUUGUAAGGUCAUUCUUUAAAGCGAUCCAUUAUAGCUAAGGAGCAAAGGGAGUCUCCAGGGUCCUCGGCGCAGCAGAUUGUUAUACUGCUGCGCUGCGGCUUUGGUUUCUAGGAAGCAGGCGGUACGACACAUCCCAUAGGCAUUGACAGCUAUUGUGUGCAUGCCUGCCCUACAUCACUGCCACUAAUCCCUAACUGAGAGAAACCUGACCACUAAAUAAUGAAAGAGCUCAAUGCCAGCGCACUCACCUAUUUCCUGGCACAGACGAUUUGCUCGCCGCAAUUCAUGUGCUCUUUUCAUGGCUGCUGUCUUACAUCGUGCAUUGUGAAGGGAUUAUCUUCAAUGCCGGGGGUGUCUUACUCAAAUAACAUGGUGUGUUUUAUUGAAUGUCAUUUUUAAUCACAGUUGUCUCACAUGCACACAUAAGGUCUGGCUAUAAUUACCAUUUUUUUGUUUGUUUAUCACUGCAGAAAAGAGAGUGACUGCAAAUUAUUGGUAAAGUUUUCUUAAUAAAACGGUUCUUUUUAUUUAUGGUUUAGGAACGUAAUGCCCUUUAUGUAGUGAUUUGUUGUUGCUAGCUUUCUGUGGUGCAUUCGCAAUCCAAUAGGCUUAGUGUUAAGCAGGGGAGAGAGAACGUGUUUACUUGCCAGAGAGAGAGAGAGAGAGAAAGGACGAGAGAGAGGCAGACAUAAAGGAAGUCUUCGCUUAGUCUGUGAGUUACCCUACACACCACAGAGUGUGAUCUUUGCGACAGAAGUGGUACAUGCAGAAUUUGUUCCCUGGUGCCUUGUUUGAGAAACGUAGAAGUCCAGUGAAGGUAAGCUUCUGGAACUCAGCUCGUUAAACUCGCUGGACGGUGAAGUUUCCUCACUUCAAGCUGUGGAGCUGCAAAGGUUGCAGUUCAUUGGAUGGCUGUGGAGGACUCAAAGUUGAUCUAUCUCAACUGAACAACCAGUGAGGCCCUUAAUGGGUAUCAGUGAUGUCGCUGCCUGUGCAAAUGCGAGACCAGACAAAAGUGUGUUUGGAGGUACUACGGUAAGAAGAUUAGAGUCAAGUCAGCUGUUCCAGCAACAGGAGAAAGACUAAGGAAACAGUAGGACCUUCACGAAAAGUCAAGAAGGGCAUAGCCAACUGUGCACCAGAACAAUUGGAAGGAAGGCUGUUCUUAUCACAUAACAGCUUCGGUGCUCCUGGGUUCAGCAGUAUUGCACCAUGUUCUCCCCAACUGCAGCCCUGCCUCCUCCCCCUCUGUUAACAGGAAGUGCUCUAGCGGUGCCAGGUCCUUCUCCUGCAGGUCCCUACACAGAGCAGGACCUGCUGCGUCAGGAGUUGAACUCUCGCUUUCUGGCCUCUCAAGGUGUGGAUAGAGGAGCGGCGCUGGCCACGCCGGCCUACCUGCGCACAGAGUUCCACCAGCACCAACACCAACACACGCACCAACACACACACCAGCAUACCUUCACCCCCUUCCCCCACCCCGCCAUCCUACCAGGCCCCGCGGCACCACUGGUGCGUACCCCUGCCAGACAUUUCGAUAAAUACCCUCCAAAGGUCGACUCCUUCCACAGGCACAGUUUACUCCACUCCUACCCGUCAGUAAUGCCUGGGAUGUCUCCCGUGGUGCCUCCAACAGGGAUAUUCAGCUCUCUGCAGGGAGCCUUCCAGCCCAAGGCCUCUAACCCACUUGAUAUAGUGCCCAGACCUGGAGCAAUGCCCCGCCCACUCAUACAAAAGGACACCAGACUGCUGGACUCAGUGUGCCCUACACCGAAGAAGCCAGGGAAGUGGUGUGCAAUGCAUGUUCACAUUGCAUGGCAGGUGUACCACCAUCAGCAAAAAAUAAAGAAACAGAUGCAAAUUGAGCCGCACAAGCUAGACUUUGGGCUAAAGCCAGAGUUCCUGAGUCGACCCUCUGGUUCAGGCUUCGCAGGAAUGAUCCAGCAGCCGCGUGACUUACCCCGCCCUUCCACCAUCUUUUCCAGUGCUGGUUCAACACACCCUUCAGUCUCUCCCUAUGGACAUUUGCCCCACCCUCACACCAACCUGCACACCCCACCCUUUCAUCAUGAGUCUCUUAACAAGCCACCUGCUUUUGGCGGUUUGGGAACACUGAGUUCCACAGCCUUCGGAGGACUCGGAAACCCUACAAUAACACCAAGUUCCACACAAGGCAGCAAAGACAUCAAGGCAGCACUGUCUUCUGUAGGACCUCAGGAGCCUUGGAACAGACUGCACCAAACACCCUCUUCUUUCCCCACACCCCCUGUGUGGCCUCGAGCCCCUGAACCUGAAAAGGCUUCAUCGCUGGACAGAGCACUGGACAAAAGAGACAGCCUACCCAACAAAGAAGAACAUGAAAGGGACACAAGAGGGAAACGCCUUUCACCUGCUAAUGUUAGCCCACUGGGUCACAAGCAAACAGAGUCUUCUAGAGGCCCGACUCCUGAGCCAAAGGACAGGGACAGAGCCAAAGAGAGAGCGCAAACACAGGAUCUACCUAAUCUAAGUGGAGAGCCAGAGGAUCAAAAACACAAAGAGAGCCAACAAGAGAAAAGAGAGAAGGCUUUAAAGUUUGACCAGCAUCCCACAGAGGAUAAAUCUGCUGCUGAGGAUACUUUGUCCCCAAAGCAACAGAGGGUCGAAGCAGAGAGGCGCAGUAGUGAUGGACCCCACUGGGAGCCAGAGACAAAGAAGAGUAGAGUAGAAGCUGAGCCUCAUGCAAAAAGUGGCCAGGUUAAGGUAAAGGAGGAGAGAAGGGAGGACCAGGACUCCCCCGAAGUCAAGCCACCUCCUAAAGCUUUGGAGAAACCAUUGCAGGGGCGUGGGACCCCAGGAAUACAGCCCUCACCCCUGUCAUCCAUUCCUGUGCCUAUAGGAGUCACAGGGGUUCCAAACAGCCUCGAUAGGACUCGGCUAAUUGCGCCAUUCAUAGGGAUGAGUCCAUUGCCAGCCGAGAGGCUGCCAUACUCUCCGCAGCACUGGGAUCCCAUGCGGAAUAUGUACAGGGGCAUGGACCUUCCUCAAAAAGAGCCCCUUCCCAAGGAGCUUUUGCUGAGGGCUGAUCCACUACAGCGUGCCAUGGUGGGGCAGCACGUUUACCCGCGGGAUCCGCUACUACACUCACUGGCCCUGGAGCAGCAGAGGAGCCAGCUGGAAGAGCGGCAGCGCCUGGCCCUCCUGCGGGAAGAGAGCGAGAGGAGCCGUCUGCUGGCCCUUCAUCAUGCAUCCCUGGACCCCCACCUGGCCCAUCCGGGCCUUCUGCCCACAGCUUACCCCAGCCCGCUGUUCCCCCGUCUAGGGCUCCCACACGGUCCACACUACAGCUCUCUCAGCAAGACUUUGCCUCCUCCUGGCUACAUACAUGCUCCUCCACCCUCUAUGCUGCCUGUUCUUUCCUCACGGCCGGCCUCCCCCAGACGGACUACCCCUCUGCCAGACCGGCAGGACAGAUCCAUCUCCCAUCCUCACAGGGACACAGAGGCUCCGUGAGCCAGACAGCAUGAGGGCCUGAAUGAAGGCCAAGCCAAGCACUUCAUGUUCAAAUGAGUGUACAAUAUUGAGAUGUACAGGGGUGAAAAUCAUCUGGGCAGUUUUCUGGAUGCAGAUUAAGUCUAGUCUUUCAUUAAAUUGCUGUGUCAAUGGUGAGUUCAUUGUGCUCAAUAUCUACUAGGCUCAAUCCAUCGCCAGGAGACUGACCCAUUACUUUUUUGUGAAAAAAAUUAAAAGAAUUUUAUGAAAAAAGACUCUCCACUCAUUUAUUUUUGUUUAUUUAAUAUCAACUGAGAUCAACAACAUUAAAAAUUUCAAAACAGGCAUACUAUUUACAAUAGGAUCAUAUCCUAGUUAAUGUAAAAUUGAAUUUCCCUAUUUGAACUCUAUAAAACAAAUAUACAUAAUACACCACAUAAAAACACAAUCAACUAAAACAAAGGCUUAAAAAAACUAAAACAAAAGAUCAAGAGAAAAA